AUGCCAGCAGCUGUUGUUGUCCCAGGUGCUGAAGUCCAGUCAGGCACCCAGCAGGAUUCAGCCUGUUGCCAGGGUGAAGCGGCGCCCGCCUCUCCGCAGGAUGUAGAUGUGCAGCCCCCUCAUCCGGGUUCUAUCCCGGCGUGCCUCGCGCCGGGUUUGCUGGGGGGUACUCGGCGGUGCCACCAUGACUAUUCUCCCAAAAAGAAGCCGCCGCCUCCCGACGCCGACUCCGCCAACGAGCCGCCGCCGCCCGGGCCGCUGCCCCCGGCGCCGCGCCGCGGCGGGGGUGUGGGCGUGGGCGGCGGAGGCACGGGCGUGGGUGGCGGCGACCGUGACCGUGACACAGGGGUUGUGGGGGCCCGUCCUCGAGCCUCGCCCCCGCCUCCGGGCCCGCUACGGCCACCGGGAGCGCUUCACCGCUGGGCGCUGGCUGUGCCGCCCGGUGCUGUGGCUGGCCCCCGGCCCCAGCAGGCCUCUCCUCCACCGUGCGGGGGUCCUGGCGGUCCCGGAGGCGGUCCCGGCGACGCGUUGGGCGCUGCAGCGGCGGGCGUGGGCGCGGCGGGCGUGGUGGUGGGCGUGGGCGGUGCUGUGGGUGUGGGCAGUUGCUGCUCCGGGCCGGGCCACAGCAAGCGACGGCGUCAGGCCCCCGGGGUUGGUGCGGUUGGUGGGGGCAGUCCGGAGCGUGAGGAGGUCGGCGCAGGUUACAACAGUGAGGACGAGUACGAAGCGGCUGCAGCACGCAUCGAGGCCAUGGACCCUGCCACCGUGGAGCAGCAGGAGCACUGGUUUGAAAAGGCCCUGAGAGACAAGAAGGGCUUCAUCAUCAAGCAGAUGAAGGAGGACGGCGCCUGUCUCUUCCGGGCUGUAGCUGACCAGGUGUAUGGAGACCAGGACAUGCAUGAGGUUGUGCGAAAGCACUGCAUGGACUAUUUGAUGAAGAAUGCCGACUACUUCUCCAACUAUGUCACAGAGGACUUUACCACCUACAUCAACCGGAAGCGGAAAAACAACUGCCAUGGCAACCACAUUGAGAUGCAGGCCAUGGCAGAGAUGUACAACCGGCCCGUGGAGGUGUACCAGUACAGCACAGAACCCAUCAACACAUUCCAUGGGAUCCAUCAAAAUGAGGAUGAACCCAUCCGUGUCAGCUACCAUCGGAAUAUCCACUACAAUUCAGUGGUGAAUCCCAACAAGGCCACCAUUGGUGUAGGGCUGGGCUUGCCGUCUUUCAAACCAGGGUUUGCAGAGCAGUCCCUGAUGAAGAAUGCCAUAAAAACAUCAGAAGAGUCAUGGAUUGAACAGCAGAUGCUGGAAGACAAGAAGAGGGCCACAGACUGGGAGGCCACGAAUGAGGCCAUUGAGGAGCAGGUGGCUCGGGAAUCCUACCUGCAGUGGCUGAGGGAUCAGGAGAAACAGGCCCGCCAGGUCCGCGGUCCCAGCCAGCCCCGGAAAGCUAGCGCUACGUGCAGUUCUGCCACAGCAGCCGCCUCCAGUGGCCUGGAGGAGUGGACCAGCCGGUCCCCACGGCAGCGGAGUUCAGCCUCUUCACCAGAGCAUCCUGAGCUGCAUGCUGAGCUGGGCAUCAAGCCUCCUUCCCCAAGCACUGUUUUAGCUCUUGCCAAACCUCCUUCACCCUGUGCACCAGGUACGAGCAGCCAGUUCUCGGCAGGGGCCGACCGGGCUACUUCUCCGCUCGUGUCCCUCUACCCUGCUCUGGAGUGCCGGGCCCUCAUUCAGCAGAUGUCCCCAUCCGCCUUUGGUCUGAACGACUGGGAUGAUGAUGAGAUCCUAGCUUCGGUGCUGGCAGUGUCCCAACAGGAAUACCUAGACAGUAUGAAGAAAAACAAAGUGCACAGAGACCCACCCCCAGACAAGAGUUGAUGGAGACCCAGAGACUGGAGACCAUCUCCCAACCCCUACCACUCCUGCCCUCUGGGGCCGCCCCCCCUUUCUUUGGCUUUCUUCCUUCUUGCCUUCCUCCUUCUCCCCGCCUUCCCACAUCCCUCUGGCUGGCCCACCCCCAAGCUCCCUCUCAUCGCUGCCACCACCACCAUCACCUGUCUCUUCGCCAGCUGACGUGCCCUGUUGCCCCCCGCACAGCACCAUCCCUGCAUUCCACAGGGGACUCACUCGGGCAAGGGUGCCGAAGGUAGGCAAGAGGCACAUAGACAAACCAGCUGGCAGCCAGGCAGCCCCUGAGGAGAGACAUUCAGUCAGAGGAAAGUCUCCCUGUCCCCCUCCUUUCCAAGACCAGAAAAACUUGUUACCCCACCUUCACACUGAUGCCAGGGAGGUGGGAGGAAGAAGUGGGAAACCCCCCUUCCUAGUACCCCAAGAAUGUUUGAGCCUUCAAUGUUGAAUUUUUUCUUUAUUAAAAUAUACUUUUAUCUUAUAAAA